ACGUAAACAACAAAAGGAUUAAAUUAAAUCUCAAUUUUCAUCACCAAUCAGACCAAUUGGAAAAGUUAAUUCAUUUGUUUUACUAGAGAUCUUUGAUUCUAAUUGUUAGAUGGUCAACCUUUCCUCUAAUCGUUGGUCAAAAAUUUACCUCUUCCUUUUCCUCUCCAUUCCAAACAAUGGACAUUUUGUCUCUCCAUCUCUCUUUACUUUUCUCUCUAAAUUGUGUUUCUACAAAUUCUAUUCUAUUUAAUUAGUUGUUUUUUUUUCUCUCAUCGAAAUUAUUAUUCUAUUAUCAUCAUAAUCAUCAUCAUAAUCAUCAUCAUCAUCAUUUUUGUCUUCAUUUGAUUUCCAUUGGAUUUUCCUACCGGUAACAUUUUCCAUCACCAACUAAAAGUCAAUAGUUACUAAUAUUUAUGCAGCUAUUUGAUUAUUCAUCUUACAUUCUGGUUGAUUAUUUUGUUAACUUCUGUCUCUUAUCAUCAUUGUCUUCCAAUUUUGAUAUUAUUCACCAUCUUUGGGAUCUCCAUGCAAAGUGAUUGUGAAAACUUGACCAGUUUCCAUUAUCCAUCAAUGACCAGGUUAUCAACUCUUUUGACCUCUUCUUCCUCGGCUUCAUCAACAUCUGAUCCAAUCCAAGCCGAAUCAACCAUAACCACCACAAGUACCACCGUCACCUCAACCUUGAUGGAUUCUGUUAAAUGUCCAACAUCAAAUUUACCACCGACAUCAACGGUUACCAAGUCAAGUUCACUAUUUGGUACUCGUAGUCUUUGGGGGUUUAAAGAUAACCUUUUAUCCGGAUUAUCAUCCCGACUUGAAGCCUUCCAAUCCAGUUUCACCGAUAAUGGGUCGAACUCUGACCCUUCAAAGAGCUACAUUAACAACUCUCCCCUUGGAUCAACUACAGGUUCUCCCUGUGCAAAUAAACAACGUCGUCGACCCAAAAUACGUUCAAUUUUUGGUCAACCAGAAAUGAUGACAAUUCCCAUCGUCCAAUCAUCAUCAUCAAUGCAAAGAUCCAAAGAUACAUCAAUGGAUUCUCUAGAUACUCUGGACAGUGGUCAUUCUAUGGGUGGAUCAAGUUGUGUCUCCGUGGCCGAACUUCGUAAUCUAGAGAUACAUGAUACCCUUAAACCCUAUCGAACCGGUGAAUCGAUUGGAAUUGGCAGUGGACAGGAAACAUCAUUAGAAUCUUCUGAAGCUGAAGAUGAGGGUAACAACGAUCGAUUAAGAUUAAGGAUUCCUCGAAGACCAAGAGGUAUUGAUCUCAACAAUUUAAAUUCCAAUUCAAAAAUUUCAUCCCAAUCAAAUGGUCAAUCAACUAUGGUAGAUAAAUGCUCCGCUAAUCCAUGGACAUCAAAUUGUGACUACAAUUCUGAUGGUACCGAUGACGAUGAAGAGGUUAAAAUUUUCAUGGAAAAUUUUGUCGAUAAGAUUUUCUCUGACAGUUCAUCAAUUACCCUGCCAGAGAAAUCAUUGUUUGGAGCUUAUGCUCGAACAGACAAAGGAAGGUUACUCUUUUCUCGUUUCAUAAAUGAAAAGAGAGUUUACCAAAAGCAAGUAACUGAAAGUACCUUUUACAGUUUGGUUCAAUAUUUUGCUAUAAUUUUAUUCGAAUGCUCAGAAUCUGAUGAUUUCUCACCAGCCAAAACAAUAUUGAAUAUGUGUUUCACCUUUUACCAUGAACCAACGUUGGCUCAGGUUAAUCCAUUUCAAAACUAUUCCAAUCAACAAGUUCAAAGCUCACAACGAAAAAAUUCAAUCAAUGAUUAUAAUAAUAUCUCCGCUCGUCAAUAUCUCUAUCAAUACCUGAAAGAACAACCAAUCUGGCGAUCUCAUCGUUUCUGGUCCGCUGCUUUUUUUGAUUCCGUCAUUUGUGAGAAAGCAAAAAGUCCCAUUCAUGAGAGAUUAUUGUCAAAAAAUAUCACUCAAAAUGAGAGAGAUGAAGAAGCUCAAUUACAAGAAAACACCGUUUUCGGACAACUUGGGGCUUUCACUUAUUACAUCAAAGAGUUUGGAUUGUCCGAAAAAUUUUGCUUAGAGUUUUUAAAUAAACAAGCAGCAAUUGGAAAUCUAUCCAAAGAUCAAACAUUUACUCUCCGUCAAAAUGUGGCCUCACUUUAUGUCAAUCAAUGAAAGAGAGAUACAAAAUAUCCCUGUUAAUUGUUACGAUAUAUGAGAGAGUCAAAAAAAAAAUUAAAACUAAUUGUUAAAUUGUUUUGCCUGAAAAAAAUUAGCUAAGUUAAUCAAUCAAAGUUUAAUUACGAUCCAAUUAACCAGUGUGAACAUGUUGAAGUAAAUUGGACAUGAAAAGAAAAAGAAAAUUAUAAUAAUUGUGACAAUUUACAACCUACGAUAAUUAUCAUGACAACAAUUAAUUCUCCUGACAAUUAAUUGUGAAUACCAAUCAAUUUAUUUAAUCAAAAAAAAAAUGAUAAUAUUAUUAAUCAUAUAAAACCAUAGCAAUAAUUAGUAUUUAUAUGUUGCUGUUAUUAAACAAAUUGAAUGUAUCAAUUUGUUGUAAGUAUGAAAGAAAAAAACUUUAUCAUCUUAAUUAAUAUGAAUAAUUGUAUCAAUUGAAAUAAUUAAAAUAAUUAAAAGUAAACAAUUAACUUUUUAUAUUAACGAAA